AUGGCAACUUACCGAAGCCACGGACCGAUACCCCUACUGAUCAUGUUUUUACUCUCGUUCGCUGCUUCUCCAGCUGCCCAGCAGACGAUUUCGCUUGGUGACGACACCCCAAAAGGCGAAAUCGUUGCUGAAAAGGUUUUGGGUGAUGUAAUGAAUAUCGUCCCAGGGAGUUCUGAUGGCACCGUGACAUAUGCCCUGCUAAAAAGUCCCGUUAGCAGCUAUUUCCGUGUAGACGAACGCACGGGAAUGUUGACGACGCGAAGGUCCGUGGACAGGGAUAUGCUGUGUGCAGAAUCCGGACUCUGCUGUACCCAGAAUACCCAAAACUCCCAUCUCAGCUCCGUUCGCCCUGCCGACAACGGCGACUUAGGCACAGUUUGUGCUCUCAGUCUCGAUGUUGCCGUUACCGAGGGACACAGGCGUGACUCUGUCCCUUCCACACGGAGAGUCUUCAUCGAGAUCAAAGACGAGAACGAUCAUGCGCCCAUGUUUGUGAUUCCGAAUUUCACAUCUCAAUAUCCGGACCCAUUGAGCAAAUAUGGAGGUGGUUCUCCUUUCCAAACUCCUCAACUAAUCCUCAAUAUCUCGGAGGCGGCUCGCGUGGGGUUUCACCGACUGGCAUUGCCUUUGGCCACAGAUCAAGACGCUGCACCCUUCAACGUUCAGCGCUAUGUCGUGGAUUCCAGUGGCAGUCAGCAUCCUUCAGCUUCCUUCACGUCGCCUGAAAGGCAUUUCAAGCUGGAGGCUCGGAAUCGCGAGCUCAGCUCGGUGUCGCACUUUGACACUGAAGCGCCCAUAACAGGCCUCGAUCUGCUGCUUGUGGCACCGUUGGAUCGCGAGACUCGUCCAUUGUUUGAGUUUAGGGUUCUGGCCAUCGACGGUGGCUCACCAACCCCACUAACAGGAACUCUUUCUGUUCAAAUACGGGUCACUGAUGCCAAUGACCACGAGCCAAGGUUUGAACGCAUUUCCUACGAGAAGAGCGUAGAAGAGGGUCAUGUAUUCGAAGGAGUGCCCAUCCUCAAAGUGGUCGCACACGAUCAAGACGAGGGGGCGAACGCGCGUAUUCGUUAUUCAUGGUGGCCCGAUUACGAGCGUUUUGGCCCUGAUGCGAAGUUGCUGCUCGAUCACCAAAGACUUUUGACAGACGAAGAAAUUGCUACGGCCUUCAGUCCUCUCUCUCCUGAACGACUCUCCCGACUGCAGGCGCUGCCCACUUACUGGUUCCGCUUAAACGAAUGGACUGGUGAAAUUUUCAUUCACCGACCAUUAGACUACGAGACCAGACGCGAAUUUGUUUUUUCAAUCGUCGCUACUAAUCCCAAUGCCGAUGACGCCGACGGAAGUGGCGGUAGCACAACCAGGAAAUCUCUAAAAAACACUUCCUCCAUGACUGAAGUCACGAUUAAUGUCAUCAAUCUAAAUGAUGAGAAGCCACAAAUCAGCAUUGACUAUGUGGUCAACAGUGAAUCAGUGAAGCACAAACAGGUGAUGGAGAACGGGUCUCGAAAUCACUUCAUUGCCCUAAUCCGUGCCACCGACGCCGACGCAGGAACCACAAAAUCGACUGUGUCAUCGCUGCAGGAUCCAUACAUGGUCCAGACGUCAGGAUUUCCGUUCAAUGGGAAUGGAGGUGGUGGGAUACGAUUCAACCAUCCAGGGGUGUUGCACUCCACUGCUGGGGGCCGAGUGACAUGUGAGCUGGGCAGUCACUUGGAUAACUACACGCUCACUCCUAGUGCUCAAAGUGACACCGCAUCAGGGACCAGUGAGUACGUGCUGCAGGCUAAAACACCUCUAGACAGAGAACGGGAACUGAGGCAGUGCGUCAUCAUUCGAUGUUUUGACGAUGGAGCUCCGCCCAAGACCUCAACAGCCACGGUGGAGGUUGAAAUAUUGGACCAAAACGACUGCGUACCCGAACUGAAUAUCCAUGCACGAAUUCCUUCAGCACACCGAAAUCACCAGUUGAAUGUUGUCCCACCGCUUCAGCGUAGUCGUCUUGCAGACAUUCUCCAGAAGACCUUCCCAGACUGGUCCAUGUCCCGAAGGCCACCCUUUUCUGAACAUCCACUGGUGAACGCGUAUGAGGCAGGCGUUCCGGUCGUUUUAGUAAGCGUGCCGGAAAACAGACCAGCUGGUACGAUUGUAGCAUCGGUCAGAGGAGUUGAUGCUGACGCCGGUGAGAAUGGACGAGUCACUAUUCAAAUUCCAAAGGAGGAUCGUCGUUUGCCUCGUGUGGUGCCUGGUCCUCUCUCAUCCUUUCAAAGUACUGGUCGAUAUCCCGAAGCUACGGUCGAUCACAACUUGUCUCCAGUUAUCAUCCGCUCUGACAUCAGCUCAAUCGAUCUCUUUAAGUUGGAAGCAAAUGGCGAUAUCACAACGACUAGGAUGAUCGACCGAGAGCAGUCUUCACCAAUCCGGGAUGAGCUUUAUCUCUUUUUGGAGGCACAGGACUCUGGUCACCCCGUGGCUCUCACUUCCUAUGUCCUGUUGGCUGUGGUUAUCGAGGACGAGAACGAUAACCCACCGACGUUCGUGCCGCAGCAGCUCAACUUCCCCGUUCUCGAGAAUGGACCCUCACCACAGCGCAUUGGCGAAAUUCCAGUUCACGAUGCAGAUGCUGGCGCUCCUAGGGAUGGCUAUCACGAUCUUACUUCAAGUUCUCUUUUGUCCCUCCCUCUACGAGUUAGUGAACCACCCAAACACUCCAUCACUCUUUUCAUUAAGCCUGGCAACGGACCACCUGAUCUACCUUUUGUGAUUGAUUCCACACCAGAUGGCCGGUUCUACCUGAAUGUCACUCGUUCUCUGGAUCGUGAGGUUGAUGAGAUUUUUCACUUUCAUGUUUUUGCUUCGGAUUCCGGUGGACCUUCACACCUGCGCCACACAUCUACUGCCGUCAUCACUGUGUCUGUGGUGGAUGUUAAUGACAAUGCACCAGAAAUUAUAUUUCCGAAACCUGCCACGGCAACCGCUCAUGUUCACACCCUCUCAUACCUAGAAAUGCCGGACACUGAGAUUCUCAGUAUCAAUGCCAAUGACAAGGACUCUGAGGGGGAGAAUGGAAAGUUCCUGUUUGAAUUAGGUCCGGUAUUAUCGUCAUAUCCCGAUGCAGACGCCUCUAGAUUGGCCAGGACGGCAUUGGAUGGAGAUUUAUUUAAACUAGACGCUGUGAAAGGUCUCCUGAAGACCCAGCGCCGAAUGACCGAGGCGGAUUUAGGCGAACACUGGUUGCAACUUAUAGUUCGAGAUCUUGGGAGUCCGCCUCUGGAGACACGGCAAAUAAUCCGUUUGGGUGUUGAUCGCUCAUCUCCACAAUUCGCUUCCAACGUUCGCGUGAGAAUGCCUUCCCAAAAACGAAUAUCGCCUUUACUUGAUUAUUCGGGCGACUCUGCCAUGGAUUUUCCAUAUCGGCAUCCAGUCGACUGGAACGCCAGCGGACGAAGUAUUUCCGACGUUGUUACGGUGGUUGUUAUCAGCUUGAUGAUAGCUGGUUUCAUUAUGCUAACCGCGCUUUGCUUCUACUUGAGACAUCGACAAAAGCUAUUUGUUUGGCUUCCGGAUGUAUGCGCAUUGUUUCAAAAGCCACACACCCCCUCUAAUCCCUACGGCAAUCCAAAGUAUGUCGGCAAGUCGAACAAGGCAAAUGAAGUCAAUCAUAAAGGGCUCAAGGAAGGCGCUUUCCAACGUCGAGUUUGGACGCCUCUUCCCCCUCCACCACUAUCUGGUGGUGAGUUUAUUGCUUCCAGUUCAAAGUGUCUUCAAAGUAGUGGUGGAGCUUUCGUCUCCAUUCCUGAUGGGACGCCUCGGUGUCACAUUAAUGGGAUUCAGUCGACGGUCACUGAUGCUCCCAACUUCUUUGACAGAUCACCGAAGCUCUACACAGACUGCUAUCAUGUGGAUACAUCAGGAAACCAAGUAUCAUCUCAGUCCUCCCGACUCGUUCCGAUUCCUGUGGGGACGUUCAAGCCCAUAAUUGUUGACUAUGCUGGUUUCGCCCUUCUAGUCUCACCAAGUGAAGAAUUUUCUCCACCAAAGCCCAAUUUUUACAACUCAGCAACCAUGGGCGUUCAGCCAACUGUCAUUCCCUCCAUCCAUCAACCCAAUCUUAUCAAUUCUUCUGGCCGGUACGGUGAACCUCUUCCCCUCCCAUCGCUCUACGUCCAACCAGGCGGUGUCAUAAAUUCUGACCAUUGUCAGUCCUUCGCACCUGCAAUUCAUACUGGGGCAGUCACCACGAUGGUUCACUAUGCCGACGGUCUCCAACGCCAUUUACAACGGCCAAAGGUGACCUCCACGCAGGGCAGCUGUGAUCUGCUCGCCUUCUCUAACAGUCUAGGCCGCGGCCGCUUUGCUCAUAAAUCAGCGCAUUACAAAUCCGAACCCGCUCUUGCAGUAUGUGAUGACCUUGAAGACGAUGAAGAAGACGAUGCAGAUGACCCGAACGAGGCCCUUGCUCCCAUGUGUAACGGAUCACGGUCAGAGGACUAUCUCGGUGACGCGAAUCUCGGGAGUCGUAGUCACUUCCCCUCAGUGGUGUCGGGGGAUCGGAAAAUAAGUAUUUCCCCGCCGGCGCAUCAACAGCAGCCGCUUGAGAACUACGCGGUUUCCUUUCCUAAACCCCAGGCCAGUUAUGUUUAG